AUGGCGUCGCUAGCUCUGACUUCUCCUCCCGGCGUUAAGAUUCCGUCGUACCUCGCCUCGUCGUCUUCGUCUCUCUUCUCCCGCUCCUCGAUUUCCUUCAGGACCACUGAGUCUCGCUCCCCAAUUUGCGUUUCCGGUUUCGCGAAAUGCAAUUAUUUACCAAAGGCACUGAAUAUUGGAAACGGGAACGCUCGUGCUCCGAUUAUCAACGAGUCGACACUUCCAAAGCUGUUUGAUUCUUCCCGGUUAGAGAAAUCGGUCAAUCGAACCAAUACGAAGCUGAAGCUGUUCUCUGGUACCGCGAAUCCAGCGCUUUCUCAGGAAAUCGCUUGGUAUAUGGGUUUGGAGCUAGGGAAGGUUAGCAUAAAGAGAUUCGCUGAUGGAGAGAUCUACGUUCAGCUGAAAGAGAGUGUUAGGGGCUGCGACGUGUUUCUGGUGCAGCCUACUUGCACUCCGACGAAUGAGAAUCUCAUGGAGCUGUUGAUCAUGGUCGAUGCUUGCCGAAGAGCAUCAGCUAAGAAAGUAACCGCCGUGAUUCCGUAUUUUGGAUACGCAAGAGCUGAUCGAAAGACACAAGGGCGUGAAUCCAUCGCUGCUAAACUGGUUGCGAACCUCAUAACCGAAGCUGGUGCAGAUCGGGUUCUUGCUUGUGAUCUUCAUUCAGGACAGUCCAUGGGAUAUUUUGACAUUCCCGUGGAUCAUGUCUAUUGUCAGCCUGUGAUACUUGAUUAUCUUGCUAGCAAGUCAAUUUCCUCAGAGGAUUUAGUGGUGGUUUCUCCUGAUGUCGGUGGAGUAGCGAGGGCACGCGCAUUUGCUAAGAAGUUAUCUGAUGCGCCACUCGCCAUCGUCGAUAAAAGGCGUCAUGGCCACAAUGUCGCUGAGGUCAUGAACCUAAUCGGUGAUGUUAAAGGGAAAGUGGCAGUAAUGGUGGAUGACAUGAUUGAUACCGCUGGAACCAUUGUGAAAGGAGCAGCUCUUCUGCAUGAGGAGGGUGCGCGCGAGGUUUAUGCUUGCUGCACACACGCGGUUUUCAGUCCGCCUGCGAUAGAGCGGUUAUCGAGCGGUUUGCUGCAAGAAGUGAUAGUGACGAAUACUUUACCGGUGGCGGAGAAGAAUUACUUCCCGCAGUUGACGAUUUUAUCGGUGGCUAAUCUUCUUGGUUCGAUUUAG